AUGAUCUUUACAGUCCAUCAACUGCAGCAGAAGUUUCAGGAGAUGCGGACCCACCUCUACUCUACCUUCAUGGAUCUAACGAAAGCCUUCGACGCGGUAAAUCGCGAAGUGCUGUGGAAAAUCAUGCUUCAUCCUCCAUUCCGACAACUAACACCGUCCACUCUCCCAAACUCCCUUUACCAUCCUCCUUCUCCUCCCUCUCCUACACCACCUUUUCCACCCCUUCACUCCCUCAAAAUCCACGAUGAUGACUACUGUAUCCACUACCACUGCACACAAUUCUGCCAUACCAAUAACUCCAGCGAUGUGGACUCGAUCCAUACCUGUCCUCAUUGCGGCCGCAUCUUCACCUCACACGUCGACCUAGUCGGUUACUUGCGGAUCCAUCGCACAGAGACUGGCGAACCAGUGCCCGGUGUAUCAAGCUACAAUCACCGCUAUCGUCCCUAUUGUCCACUCUGCCCCCGCACACCCGCUCACCGCAUAGGUCUUGUCGGUCACAUGCGUAUCCACGUGGGCGAAAUUGACCCCAGUCUUGACACACUUAGCACCAUCCUGCACAUCCGUCAUGCCUAG